AUGUCGUUCCUGAACAGAUUGCUAAGUUCUCAAGAAGCCCGAGUUAAGGGAGGGAUGGCGCACGAUUCUUUGGUUGAUGGUUUGCGUUCGUCUUUGAAGCUCGAUGAGGAGAAGUCAGAAGGUUCCGAUGGCGAGUUUUGUGCGAUAUGUUGUGAAGACACGUCUGCGGACUUAUACUUCAUCCCUUGCCGCCACAAAGCGUGCGCAGAUUGCGUCCAGAAGCUCAGACAGUCCGCUGUUUUCAAGGCUGAUAAAGGAGUCCGCUGCCCUUUCUGCCGUCAGAUUGUUGAAAGCUAUUCCAACACGUUACCUCCAGUCAAAUGCAUCAAGCCUCAAGAUGAUUACUUGCGAGAAGAAAGGCAAUCCUUUCAGUUACUCAUUGGAGCUGGGAGCGCCAAAGGGUUGGCCAAAGAAAUUGUUCGGUAUGGACGGAGCGGAGUUGUCUCAGUUGGGGGAUUGAAUGAGUAUGUUCCUCCUCCAAGCGUCACUGGGGCUGAUGGGAGUGGAUUGCGGUUGAACACGCGACCGGAUGACCUGAAAGAAGGUUACAUUGUCCCUCCUCUGAAGCCUUACGAUGACUUCGUCGCCAUGGCUUAUGAUCGCACAGGGUCAAGGCACCUGGCCUACCACUUGCGUCCAGGAAACCCUAGAAGGUAUAGGGUGGGAAAACAAGCUCUUGAAAGUCUCGCUCCUCAUGCCGCAAAGCUCUCAACACAUUUGUCAGGAAAUUAUGUCCUGCAAAAGCUUUUUGACUAUGCGAGUAAUGCGAGGAAUGAGGUGGUUCAUGGGGAGUGUGGCUUCACCUCCAUUGUGCGCUUUUUGACCCGUGACAAGGGGCUAGUGACUUCUUCAAAAGAUCAGCGGGGUACCUUUACAAUUCAGAAAAUGCUUGUGUGCCUCUAUGGAGCUCAAGAAAUGAAGAUGGUUAUGGAAAGCAUUAAAGGAAGCAUUCUUUCAAUGGUGAUGGACCAGUUUGCAGUCUAUGUUAUUGAAAGAAUCGCUGAAAUAUGCAUUUGUUCCUUACGCCCGCCUAUGGGAAUGAAAGCACGAAUUCCACCAUCCUUAGCGUUCACUUCUUUAGCACAAAUCUGUGCGGAGCUUGGUAAAGAUCAAGAAACGUCAGUUCAUGUUGGACAGCAUGGGCUGGCAUCACUGCUUCUGAUUGAGAGUAUUCGCUGGUCAUUGCCUUCAACGCACGCAAUUGCUGCUGCUCUGAAUAUGGCGAGUGGUGGUAAUAAGCUCUUAAAGACCCGCGCUGGAGUUCGCUCCAUGCAAGGCCUCUUGAGCUUGGAUCUGGUGGAAGUAGCCGAGACUAUGCUGGGGUCCAUGUCUGGCUGCUUUUCAGACAUGGCUUGUGAUACCUCCCCGCUGCAGAGUGGGCGGCUGCUUCGAGCGUGUCUUGCAACACCAUCUUUACCAUCAGCGUCACGGGCAAGAAUUGUUGAUGAACUUCUCGAGGCUGCUGCACAUGUUUCAUAUUUUUCCAAGUCUGAGCAAGCCCUGGAAAUUCUGUGUUUUGGAUUGAGCAUCCUUCCUGACGAGUAA